CCUAUGAUCACUAUCGAGCAUUGAGAUAGGACUAGGCCUUUUACUUCCUGGUGUGCAUGUCCUCUCGUCAACAUGGAGGGACACAGACUCGGUGUCCUGCUGUGGAUCUGUGUCUGUGUACUGGACGGUGUAGCAGCUACCUGCCCAUCAGGUACAUACGGCUACAUGUGCAGCUACCAGUGUCACUGUCCCCCUGACAAAUGCCACACAACUUUCGGUUGUCAGUCAGCAAAUUGUUUCCUGGGAUGGUCCGGUCCGACUUGUGAAAAAGAAAAUAUUGCCUUCAACAAAUCAACAACAUCAUCCGAUGGAUACCCUUACCCUUCAUCAAAUGCCGUCGACGGGGACACGAAAAGGAACGAUGACACCAAAUGCAUUCUGUCAGCUUAUAAUGAUGCCAGUAUAACAUCUGCCUGGUGGAGGGUGGAUCUGGGACAGAAAACACUGAUACAUGACGUUAUCAUCUACUUUAGAACUGGCUAUAUAGUUCGUCGGAAUGGUAUCCAGAUCUACAUAGCUGAUACUGCCGCCUCCCCAACUGAUGGCGUCAACUGCUACAACGUGACAGGGAACAGAGACGGGACGGACAUAUCUGAUGUUUUGAACGUCACAUGUUCUGGUGAAGGGCGCUAUCUGGUCCUGUACACCACAACUGUAAACAACGAGAUCAACAAUGUCAACGUACCCGUCCUGGAUUUCUGUGAAGUGGAGGUUGACGCUACCUGCCCAUCAGGUAAAUACGGCUACAUGUGCAGCUACCAGUGUCACUGUCCCCCUGACAAAUGCCACACAACUUUCGGUUGUCAGUCAGCAAAUUGUUUCCUGGGAUGGUCCGGUCCGACUUGUGAAAAAGAAAAUAUUGCCUUCAACAAAUCAACAACAUCAUCCGAUGGAUACCCUUACCCUUCAUCAAAUGCCGUCGACGGGGACACGAAAAGGAACGAUGACACCAAAUGCAUUCUGUCAGCUUAUAAUGAUGCCAGUAUAACAUCUGCCUGGUGGAGGGUGGAUCUGGGACAGAAAACACUGAUACAUGACGUUAUCAUCUACUUUAGAACUGGCUAUAUAGUUCGUCGGAAUGGUAUCCAGAUCUACAUAGCUGAUACUGCCGCCUCCCUAACUGAUGGCGUCAACUGCUACAACGUGACAGGGAACAGAAACGGGACAGACAUACCUGAUGUUUUGAACGUCACAUGUUCUGGUGAAGGGCGCUAUCUGGUCCUGUACACCACCACUGUCAACAACGAGAUCAACAAUGUCAACGUACCCGUCCUGGAUUUCUGUGAAGUGGAGGUUGACGUUUGUGAUGAUGGAAGUUAUGGAACAAACUGUACUCAGACUUGUUCAAACAGAAACUGCAAGGGCGACAACUCUAUCUGUGACCACGUGACAGGGAAGUGUGAUGAGGGCUGUAUGGCUGGAUGGAAUGGAACAGACUGUACACAUGAAUGUGUAAAUUCCUAUGGAGAAAGCUGUGCUCACCUGUGUUCCUCCAGAAAUUGUAGUGGAAGCUCUUCCUGUAAUCACGUGACCGGGCAAUGUGAAAAUGGCUGCAUACCCGGAUGGAAGGAUACUGAUUGUAGAGAAGUUUGUGAUUUUGGAAGUUAUGGAACAAACUGUACUCAGACUUGUUCAAACAGAAACUGCAAGGGCGACAACUCUAGCUGUGACCACGUUGCAGGGGAAUGUGUUGGGGGUUGUACGGCUGGGUGGAAUGGAACAGACUGUACACAUGUUUGUGAUGAUGGAAGUUAUGGAACAAACUGUACUCAGACUUGUUCAAACAGAAACUGCAAGGGCGACAACUCUAUCUGUGACCACGUGACAGGGAAGUGUGAUGAGGGCUGUAUGGCUGGAUGGAAUGGAACAGACUGUACACAUGAAUGUGUAAAUUCCUAUGGAGAAAGCUGUGCUCACCUGUGUUCCUCCAGAAAUUGUAGUGGAAGCUCUUCCUGUAAUCACGUGACCGGGCAAUGUGAAAAUGGCUGCAUACCCGGAUGGAAGGAUACUGAUUGUAGAGAAGUUUGUGAUGAUGGAAGUUAUGGAACAAACUGUACUCAGACUUGUUCAAACAGAAACUGCAAGGGCGACAACUCUAGCUGUGACCACGUUGCAGGGGAAUGUGUUGGGGGUUGUACGGCUGGGUGGAAUGGAACAGACUGUACACAUGUUUGUGAUGAUGGAAGUUAUGGAACAAACUGUACUCAGACUUGUUCAAACAGAAACUGCAGGGGCGACAACUCUAUCUGUGAUCACGUGACAGGGAAAUGUGAGGAGGGCUGUAUUGCUGGAUGGAAUGGAACAGACUGUACUCAUGAAUGUGUAAAUCCCUAUGGAGAGGGCUGUGCUUACCUGUGUUCCUCCAGAAAGUGCAGUGGAACCGCUUUGUGUAAUCACGUGACAGGGCAGUGUGAAAAUGGCUGCAUAUCCGGAUGGAAGAAUACUGAUUGUAGAGAAUCAAUGAGUAUGCCAUCGCCGCAGAAUACAGGUGCCAUUGUUGGGUCUAUUGUUGCUGUCAUUGCAGUUGCGGCCAUCAUUGUUGUGGUUAUUGUGCUAAGGAGGCGAAGGAGUCACUCGAAGCAUGAAAAUGAUGCAGACAUGUUCGAAAUACAAAAAGUGGGAGGCACACAGAGCAAAGGCGUUGAUAACCCAAUGGACAACGAUGUUGGGGUGGAGGGCGAGGCCGACAAUGAUGUAGAGGAGGACCACAAUGACACGUACUACAACAUAGCAAGAGCUCUUCCAGUGACGGUGGUGUCUGUAGAUCAGCUGGGGGAGCGGAUCCAGGAGCUGCAGGUGCCCGUCGGGGGAUUCCAGGCAGAGUAUCAGAAGCUGUCCAAUACCUUCACCCGACCUUACAAUGACUCCCAGCUGGAGGAAAACAAGGGCAAGAACAAAUACAUAAGUUACUACCCAUAUGAUGCUACUCGAGUCGUGUUGACUGAACUGCCAGGGAGGCCUGGUUCCGACUACAUCAAUGCCAGCUACAUCCAUGGAUACUCACGACCGAAAGCCUACAUAGCAGCUCAAGCUCCUACCACUAUGACCUUGCCUGAUUUCUGGAGAAUGAUCUGGGAACAGAACUGUACAAGAAUCGUCAUGCUCACAAACCUGAUGGAGCUGGGAAGGGUUAAGUGUGAAGCAUACUGGUGUGACACAUCGGACAUGAACGCUGGUGACCUCACCGUCACUGUGACCAACUCAAGCAUUCGGGCUCACUGGGUCGUCAGGGAACUGCAGGUUGCAGACAGCAAGACAAACACAAGAAGAUGUUUCCACCAUUUCCACUUCACAACAUGGCCGGAUCAUGGGACCCCUGAGGAGACGGCCUUGACUGAGUUUCUGUGGCUGGUCAGGACGUCAUACAACACCCAGGACGACCCUCUCCUGGUACACUGCAGUGCUGGGGUCGGCCGGACAGGGACGUACAUCGCUGUGGACUACCUGCUGGACCAGGCUCUGGCUGAUCAAAAGGUGGAUGUGUUUGGUUGUAUCUCAGGGAUGAGAGACCAGAGGAAGGGACUGAUACAGACCAAGGAGCAGUACCGAUGUGUAUAUAUGGCACUGUUUGAAACACUGAAAUUUGGCAAUACUUCCAUCAGCGCUGAGGAAUUCAGAAGCAGCCGACGUGUAAGGGGGGUAUUCAACAUUGGACGAAUGGCAAUCAACAAACUCAUAAAGACCCUGAAUACACAACGGGAGGAGCUCUCCAAGGGUACACCUGACAAAGGUCGUGUGUGGAUAGAUGGACGCUCAGACAUCCUAUCUGUCAUGUCACGGUCCCAUCUGUCUGUGAAAGGCUACCUGUUGACUGAGGCCCCCUCCGUCACCACAGCUUCCUUGUUCUGGAAACUCACGGGGGAACAGGAGUCUUCCACUGUCAUUGUCCUGCCAGACUCACACCAGAGUCUGUCCAAUUUUGUGCCAUGCCCUGGAGACAGCCUGGAUCUGGAUCACGUGAGUGUCAGGUGCUCCACAGAGACCACCAUUAACCGUGACAUCACCCUCCUCAAAAUCCAAAGACAGGUGAAGAAUUCUCCACCAACAGUGGUGCGUGUGUACAUCUUGAAUAUCUUGCCCGCGGAAUCUCCCUCGACUUUCUUAGAGCUUCUGGAACAAGUCGACCGCCACACAGGGAAUGUCAACCCCCACGCAGUUACUGUCUUAUAUAGCGAUGGCGGCAAACAGAAUGGAGCCAUGUUGUGCAUCAUGAGCAAUAUCAUCCAAGGUGUGAAGCAUGACAAACGAGUUGAGAUCUACAACAACAUGAGGGCUAUGACCCACUGUCUGGACCAGGACAUCACACAGACUGACGUUGCCCUGUGUUACGACAUGGCCUCGGCGUACAUCGAGUCCCAGAACAUCUACGCCAACAUGUGAUGAACUACCAUACCACUUAUACUGGAGGAAACACAACCUGGAAGUGUUUCAGGCCUGGCAGGAAACAUCAGCAACUGAAAAGUUUUACUGUUGCAAUAUCUAUACCCAGACGUAAUGGUUUGUUUGUAGUUCUCGGCUACCAUAACAAUAGCUGCACAUUAAAUUCUUCAUGUUUGUGCUGUAAAAAGACAAUAUUACUGAUUUCAAAAAUAGAAAUAGUCACCUGUUCAAGCUGUCGCCCUAAGUAGACAGUUAAAGUGUUACGGAUCAAAAUGUGUAUAUGUUUUACAAUGGAAAAUAUAUCUGAAAUAUGUCUAUAAUUUGACUGUUAUUAGUCCAUUGCUGUAAUACAUAUGAUAAUCUAUCAGUAUGACACAUAUUUUUACAUGCGGCUUGUAAGGUUGAUAGAUGACAUACACUCACUGUUAUGUGACGACUGUUAUAGUGCAAUUAAACACUGAAAGCCAAGAGCAAAAAAUAACGAACGUGCAAAGGGCGAAGGGAAUUGGUUAAACUGAUGAUUUAAUGGGACCGAGUCUUUUGCUAAGCCACACAUAAAAUGACAUAAGUAUCAUCAUGUGUGAAGAUAAAGCAAUGUGAACACAAUAUUUUAAUUGGUAGAAGACCGCUGGUCAUUUUAAACUUCGUACCGGUAGUACGUUGACAUAAGAACUAUUCAAAACCAUAUCCUUCCUUUCCGAUAUGAUGCAUGACUUUACAAACGUUUACAAUGUACACAUGUACACAAGGAAAUGUUCAUAUUUGAAGUCGGACAACAACUUACUGUAAAUUACCAGGAAAGCAACCCAUGAUUAAAAGGACGAGGAACACGUAAUGGGCGUGUAAGUACGCAAAAUGUGGAGACGUGUGUUAAAUCCCUGGUCAAAAUAUGGUUUAACUAAUUUUACAAACCUUAUUCAGUCACGAGCUUGAAGUUAUUAUUGUUUCUAAAAGUUAUAUCAAAACAAAUCUACGUUUAGCUUCGGUAUGUGGCACCCAGGUAUCGACUCCCAAAUCACCAAUCAUUGCCAACUUACUUUAACGGACAGACACAAUGAAUUGAAAGUAGCAAGACAACACAGAGAUCUAUUAUCUGGAUUCUGGAUUCUGUUUACUCCCAGAAACAACCGCACUCGGUGAUACAUGAACAUAAAUUACAAGACAGUUUAUAUACAUCAUAUAGAAGACAUAUCACACAUAAAUCAUGUCGUAUAAUAUAUAUUUAUAUGAUUCAUAUAUGUUUACAAAGGCGAUAUCAUGAACUGAUUUGACGAAAAACAUUUUGAAGGUGAACAUAAAUUACAAGACAGUUCAUAUACAUGAUACAGAUGAUGGCUUACACAUAGAUAUUGUCGUAUAAUAUAUAUAUGUAUAUAAUACAUGUAUGUUUACAAAGGUGAUAUCAUAAAGUGAUUUGAUGAAAUUCAUUUUAAAGGUGAAUACAUUUUCUGGUCGAAUGUUUGAGCGCUGAUACAUUUGAUGAAGUCAAUGUUGUAUAGCAUUUUGAAUUAUUUGGCCAUUCGUGAUAUUUAGCCAAAUUGUUUAGCAUGGAUUCUAAAAAUAUUUCUGAUAAUCCUUAUUUAUAAUAUGAUGAGUAAGUUUCUCGGCAGGAUAAAGCCAACGGAUAAUAACGAUAUCCGUUGGGGUCAUAUGCGGAUAGAGAUCAAAUAUCAAAGGUCAAGAGGGGACUACUUUCAGUGUUUAUUAACAAACAUGGCGUCG